AUGACAAACAAGGGUAUGAAGAUUGAAGCGGUGUUGACGGCCAACACGAACAGGGUGGACGACGGGUGCGAGACUGGACGGGAGAGCCCGUUGACAGAUGGAACGGGAAAGGGCAUCCUCCACGUAAAACUGCCCUUGCAGCCCUUUCGUUGCUUCCAUCUCCUCGAUCUCCCGUCGGCUGCUACUGUAACAACACCAUCAUUGUACCGACCAAUUCACGGAUAUCGUUUUCAAUUAUUUGUCGUCGGUUUUCACGUCCCGGUACAACACUUUCCCGGAGGCAUUCUGAGCUGCAUAUUCGUCGCAGCAACAAGCGGUCACAGCAACCCCAACCGGGUGUAUUCGGGUGUCUCCAACGGCUGGACCACAAGGUGUGUACACUCCCUUUUCUUUUCCUCUUUGGGGCAUGCCCAGCCGUCCAGGCCAGACCCAGCCCACACCAUCCGAUCCUCCCCCAAGCGUUCAUCACUCCCGGUUUCGCCCUGGACGGUGCUCAUGUCCGGUGCAACCGGUCGACUGCAAAAGGUUUUAAGUCGGCCGGUCCUCUCGAGUAAACUGGAUGCUGGAAGAACAUCUUCUCAUCAUCUAUCCUCUUUGACUUUGACAAAGGGUCUGUUGCUUGCUUCACGGUUCGCUGCUUCUUCACUCGUCGCUACUACUACUUCUGCUGGUGCAUCUACAAGUACCGGUACCUCCAAUCCAGACCCCGGCAUUAAUCGCAACCCCCCGGCCUCGACUUACACCUCACCUCCAAAUUCCUUUUCCAGAAGGUUUAGUUGGGGUAACCUGCUAGGCUGGGACCGGACCCUCCCCAACAAGUGGACUACUGAUAUCAACCUCACCGGCCACCUCGACGAUUUGUCCUCUUUAAUCCGCCCAUUCCUGGCUUUUCUGGACCCGUUCUCGCUUUCCUCUUCAUACUCAAUGGCGUCGCACACUUCCUCAGGCUCUUCUGAUCUCUCGACCCCACGGUCAAGCUCUCCUCACUCAUCUGCAUCAGUUGCGUCGGCACGCUCCUCCCACUCGUCCACUUUCAGUGCAGCAAAACGCAUGUCCAUCUCUUCAGUUCGGCGCACUUCGGCUUCGAAUCCGAUGUCUUCCGUUGAUCUAGCGACCAUUGAAGAAGCUUUAAAGAUGGCCAGCCUCGACACACUGAGGGGCUACUGCCAAAAGGUCCACCAGGAGACCACUACCGAGUACAUCUCCCACGAAGAGGCCCGGGGCUACCAGGUGCUCAACCAACCCCACUGGAACAAGGUUACUGACAUUUACAUUUCACCCAAAGGGACGUCUUUCACUCCUCAAGAGCGUGUAUCCAAGAACCUGACUGGCCUGAUUCCGCACGUCAUGGAGGACUCCGAGAAGCAGGUUGAGCGUGCGCUCAAGAUGAUCCGCACUCGCCAGACCGACAUUGACAGGUAUCUUUACCUGUCGACCAUCAAGAGCCAGAACGUCGACCUCUUCUACCGGAUCCUGAUGGAUCAUGCUAAGGAGAUGAUGCCAUUGGUCUACACUCCCACCAUUGGUGACGUCUGCCUCCAGUACUCGACCCUCUACACUCGUCCGGAAGCUUUGUACAUUUCCAUUAAGCAAAGGAAGUCGAUUCGGACAAUCUUGAGGAAUUGGCCCUAUCCUAAGCCCGAGAUCUGUGUCGUCACUGACGGUUCCCGCAUUCUCGGUUUGGGAGACCUUGGUGUCAAUGGUGUUGGCAUUCCGAUCGGUAAGCUAGCUUUGUACACGGCUGCUGCUGGUAUCCACCCGGACAAGACGCUCCCCAUCGUCCUCGACUGCGGUACCGCCAACGAGACCAACUUGAGGGACCCUCUCUACUUGGGGCUUCGUCAGAAGCGUAUCCCGGUUGCCGAGCAACAGGAGUUUAUGGACGAGUUCAUGGAGGCUGCCGCUGAAGUCUUCCCGGAAAUGGUUGUGCAGUUUGAGGACUUCGAAAGCGAAAAGGCUUUCAACUACCUCGACCGGUACCGCGAUCAGUACAAGUGCUUCAACGAUGAUAUUCAGGGAACUGGUGCUGUCGUCCUUGCGGGUUACAUCGGUGCCGUCAACCUUUCGAAUGUUCCUAUCGAGGAGCAACGUCUUGUCUUCAUGGGAGCUGGCUCUGCCGGCGUUGGCGUUGCCAAGCAGCUGGUUGAGUACUAUACCAAGCGUGGCCUCUCGGAGCAACAAGCCAAGGACAAGUUCUGGCUUGUUGAUACCAAGGGUCUUGUGACCAAGGAUCGCGGUGACCGGCUGGCCGAACACAAGAAGUACUUCGCCCGUACUGACAACAACGGCCAUCAGUUCCGCACCCUCGAGGAGGUCAUUGAGUACGUCAAGCCAACUGCUCUUGUCGGUCUUACCGCCACCCAUGGCGUCUUCACCGAGUCGGUCGUCCGCGCCCUCAAGGCUUCCGUCGACGCCGGAGGACUUGGACGCAGGCCCAUCCUCUUCCCCCUCAGCAACCCUCUCACCAAGGCUGAAUGCACGUUCAAGGAGGCUGUUGACUGGACCGAAGGAACCGUGCUCUUUGCUUCCGGUUCUCCCUUCUCCAGCUACGCCGUUAACGGUGUGUUAUAUCACCCUAACCAGGGUAACAACGUCUACGUCUUCCCCGGUAUUGGUCUUGGUGCCAUCCUCGCCAAGGCUAGCAAAGUCACCGAUGACAUGAUCUACACCUCGGCCGCUGCCCUGGCCAACUCCCUCAAUGCCGAUGAGGUCAAGAAAGGCCUUAUCUACCCCCGCAUUGACCGUGUCCGCGAGGCUAACGUCAUUAUUGCGCGUGAGGUGAUGAAGUCUGCUCGCCGUGAAGGCGUCAGCACCCUACCGGAAGAGCAGUGGCUUGAGUGGGAGGAGUGGGGCGACGUGGCCCUCGACAGGUACAUCAAGCAGCACGUCUAUGACCCCAUGCUUUAG